GUGAAAGUGACCAAUAAUCAUUUCCAAGUUAGCGUUAUUGUUGUUUUUCAGACAUUUAUUAAUAUCAUGGGCUCAUUUAAUUGCACAGCAUCACAUACUUGUCCCAGGUAGUCUUUAAUUCGCGUUGGUGACCGGACUUGGUUGAUAGACGUUAUUCUAGGUAAAGCUAGCUAGCUGCUAACAAUGGCUAACUGUAUGGUUCUUCACACGCAAAUAGCCUCCAUCAUGGAGGUGCUAGCGAAUGCAGCAGUGACAGAGGUCUGUAAACUCGUAGACGAUGACUAUGCAGUGUUUCGUUUGGAAAUAACUCAAAGCCAGAAAGAAAACAGGACAUUGCGGAGGAAACUACAACUACUGGAACUGAAGGUGGCACGGGAGCGCGCAGAGACAACGCAAGAUCGCGUCCUCGUCAGUCGUCCCAGUAGUGUCAAGAUCCUCGACAGAUACAGAGAAAUGACAAGAGGUGAAGAACAUCUCACUGGAGACUACAGGAGCUUUGUGAAGACAGCGGAACACAAUACAUGGAGAGAUGACCAACCAAUAAAUGUUGAUGAGGGGAGUGGAACCUCAACCCAGCACGUUAUUGUGAUAGAGUCUGCAGAUGCAGAGGCUGUAGGUCUUAGGGCCAAGCAAGAGAGGUCUGAAGGAGAGGAGGACCCAUGGCACAUAAGAGACAUCCAGACUGGAGCGCCCCCUGUUGCCACGGAGGACACCACAACUGCCUCAGCGCUGCCAAGGACCCGACGCAGCAUCACGGAGGAGGAGGAUGGUCCAGUGGUGCUGCUGGUGAAGAAGGAGGGGUGUGAGGAGGAUCUGGGGAACCCUGAGGGGACCAUGGUCAUGGAUGACAACCAGACUACACCUCCUCCUGAACCCACAGAGGAACCAGCUGAGCAGAACAGGUCCACACACAGUUUCACUGAGUUAGUAGACAUGGAGGAUGGGAAGCCUGAUCUGCUGCUGGUCAAAGAGGAGACAAUAGAAAACGGACCAGAGAGCAUUGAUCUGCUGAGUGGACUAAAGAUGGGGGAGCAAGGUGGUUGGCUGGAGGCUAACAGACGAGACUGGACAGCCAUCUUGGAUUCCCAGACAGGUGCAUCCAAGGGCUCAGGGGAUGACAUCACUGUGCAGUCCAGGACCAGAGGCGACAUAGUGGAGGUCAGUGGAUGGAACAGCAUCCUCAACUCUGGGCUGUUGUACAACACUGUUAACCACAGACAGAAACAGACAUCUGAACUUCGUCUCCAUGACAACAGACUGGCUGAGACCUGGGCGAGGCGUAGACUUGGUCUCCGGGGACGGGGAGGUGUCAGUUUGUGGCGGAAGAGAAUAGAAACGGACUCGGCUAGCGAUGCUCUGUCCUGCUCCUAUAGUUGUGAUUCAGAGAGACUGAUGGGGCCUCAGGUUAACCCCCUAGCAGGUGCUGCCUUCAGCCUGCCUUCUAUAGGAUCUAUCAACUGGGACAUGGACCCUGCAACAACACAGACACUCCCUGCCCUUCAUCCUCCUCACACUCUCCUAAUGUUAAACCAGAACUCAGACAAUGCCAGUGCCUCAACACUAAAUGGCUACACAAGCCCAUUGACAAAUGACAGUAGUGGAGAUGGAAUCUGUAAAGGUGGCUGCGCCAAAGAGAAGAGCUUCCCGUGUUCGUUCUGUGAGAAAGCCUUCAGAUUCCCCAAACAGGUGGAGAUUCACCAGAGGGUGCACACGGGGGAGAAACCAUUCCUCUGCCACCUAUGCCGGGUCAGUUUCUCCCACUCGUCCAGUCUGAAGAGGCACCAGAGGGUCCACACUGGGGUGAAACCCUUCAGCUGUACCCAGUGUCACAUGCGCUUCGCCCAGGCUGGUGACCUGAAAAGGCACCAGAGGGUCCACACAGGGGAGAAACCAUACGGCUGUACACAGUGUGAGAAGAGGUUCUCACACCAGCACAAGCUGAAGAUGCACAUGAAGAUCCACACGGGAGAGAGGCCAUUCACCUGUACACACUGCGGGAAGAAGUUCUCUGAGAGGAGCUACCUCAGGAUACACCAGCAGAAAAAACAUUCCACUCUGACAUAGAAAGUAACCAUUCCACUCGUUAGACGUUUAGCUCAAACCCUGCAUUAAACACAGAUUAAUUUUCAUUGUCAACAGAAAAUAGCCACAGAUGCAUUUGGAAUAACAAGAUUAACAGAUUUCAGUGUUAAAUAUUCCAUGGUAGAAUAUUGUAUCCAGACAUUGUGAGCUAUAUAAUCCUACAGUCUGCUACAUAUUGUUUGUACUGUGUAGGAUGAUGUUCACAAAUGCCUAUUUCAUUACUUCCAUUCAACUAUUAAAUGUUUUUCCCAAGACACUUUUUGAUGAGAAAAUUAAUCAAGUAUAUCGAGCAUUGAGACGUGUAUGUGUGGUUUUCAUAUGGUGAAUUUAAAACUUGUUUGUUUAAUAAAGACAAAAUGGGACUUUUCA